GCAUAGAGAACUAAGGCCAUGCACCUGAGUCCUUACUUUGUGCCAGACUCUGCUACUCAUUUGUGCAUAUUGCUAAAUUGUCAUGUGGUAGUCUAGGUGGUAAUUAAAUAAUAAAACACAAAAGGGAAGAAAUUUAAGAGUACAAAUUUAGAGACUCACCUUUCACAAAGUAGUUUCCAAGUAAUUUCUCCUUCUCUUUAGAUGAUGCAAAGAUAUAAAACUUCCUUAAACUUAAAUUUUGAAUAAUUCAAACAUAUCUAAACAAAGCACAUAUCCUCAGUCCUCUAUACUGCUUAAAUUGACAGGAUUAUCCCAGUAGCAUGGCACAAAGGACAAACAGAUGAAUUCACAUGACUCUGGAUGACUUGCUAGGACUCAAGCAUGUCACCUAGGUGAAGCAAAUUGUUCUAAACCCAUGUGUCAUGUGUCACUAGCUAAUUUUUAUCCUAAUUUUACAGACCACUACAAGAAAGCUGUAGAAAUAUAUGACAAAAUAUGACAGCACACCAAAAUGGCACCAUCUCCUCUGAAGUUUCAGACUUCCUCCUGAAUUGUUUUGUCAGGUCCCACACCUGGGAACUUUCUUUUUCCCUCCCCCUAAGCCUUCUCUUCUUCCUGGCCAUGGGGGCCAAUAGUGUCCUCCUGAUCACUAUAUGGCUGGAAGCCUCUCUGCAUGAGCCCAUGUACUAUCUACUCAGCAUCCUCUCCCUAUUGGACAUUGUGCUCUGCCUCACUGUCAUUCCCAAGGUCCUGGUCAUCUUUUGGUUUGAACUCAAGUCCAUCAGCUUCUAUGCCUGCUUCCUCCAGAUGUACAUUAUGAACUGUUUCCUUGCCAUGGAGUCCUGCACAUUCAUGGUCAUGGCCUAUGACCGUUAUGUGGCCAUCUGCCAUCCACUGAGGUACCCAUCCAUCAUCACUGACCAAUUUGUAGUCAAGGCUGCCAUUUUUAUUUUGGCCAGGAAUGUUAUUUCUACAGUGCCUAUUCCCAUUCUCUCAUCCAGACUCCAUUAUUGUGGGAGAAAGGUCAUUGAAAACUGUAUCUGUGCCAAUAUGUCUGUCUCCAGGCUCUCCUGUAAUGAUGUCACCAUCAAUCGCCUCUACCAGUUUGCUGGAGGCUGGACACUGCUAGGAUCUGACCUCAUCCUCAUCUUCCUCUCCUACACCCUCAUACUGCGAGCAGUGCUGAGACUCAAGGCAGAGGGUGCUGUGGCCAAGGCCCUGAGCACAUGUGGCUCCCACUUCAUCCUUAUCCUCUUCUUCAGCACCAUCCUUCUAGUCUUCGUGCUCACUCAUGUGGUGAAGAAGAAGGUCUCCCCUGAUGUUCCAGUCUUGCUCAACGUCCUCCACCAUGUCAUCCCCGCAGCCCUCAACCCCAUAGUUUAUGGAGUGCGGACCCAGGAGAUCAAGCAAGGAAUCCAGAGAUUACUGAAGAAAGGGUGGUAAUAAGGAUAACUGGAUCUCUUCAUUCCUAAUAUAGUUUAAGUUUGAAUCAAAUCAUGGGUAAUUCAGCUAAAAUUUUAUCUAUGAGUUACAAUUUCAAACUGGUUAUUGGAUAUUGUGUCUUAUUUAAUAAAAUUUAAGUUUCAUUAUAAGUUUCCUUUUGUCUCACUUUUACUUUAACAAUAUCCUUGACCACUUUACUUUUUUUCUCCACACAUAUUAUCCUAUACUAACAACAUACAGAGAUUCCAUGGGUAGGUUCUGAAGUGACAAAUUUAUGUUCCUGAAUAUACAGCUGUUAAUAUUUCAUGCCUUUGCAUUCUUGAAUAUACAACUGUGGAUAUUUGGGGGUACAGUUAUGUAAUGUGUAAUGCAUUCUUAUUCUUAUUUCCACAGAAGGAAGCAUAUUGGAUACAAAGACAUAGGAGUUGAAUUUCAGUCCUGAAUGAUGGAAGAUUGCUAUUCAUGUGUAACUGGGUCUGUAAUUGGGUUUUAUUUU